CCUUCUGGAUACUGUGGAUCUGAAGUUGAAAUUAUUAUUGACCUGUGUUUGGACAACUGCCUCUUAUUGGCAGUGUUUGUUCUUAAGAGCCAUUUUAUUAUUCAGGGUUUUCUUGCCACAGCAGAGAACCUGUGUUCUGUCAUGUAAUAAAAAUAAAUGCAAAUAGGUCUAGUCCAAGGCACAAAUCUGGUUAUAUGUCAGUUAAUUUACUGGAGCUUCUUUUGGGAGGUGGGGCAGAAGGGAUGUUCUUGUGUGCAGUAGAAUUGUGGGAAGGUAAUGCUUGCCAGACUUCUCCAAAGUAAAUUUGAUAGAGACAAAAAGAGAGUAGUUACUUAUUUCUUUCCCUUGAUUGAGUUUUCACUUUACCUGCUGUCUUUUGCUCUAAGUAGAAAGAUUCAGUUGAAUUGGACUUUGCCCAUGUUGCUGCAGAGUAGUGGUUUGCUUUCCCCAGUGGUGCUACUAGAAAUUUUUAAAGCUGCUAGGUAGUGGGUGGAUGUGUAAACAGGGAGCAGGCUUUUUUUUUUAUACCAAUGGCUGAAUUCUCAAUUCUCCUCUGAAAUGGUAGUUAGAAGGGACUGUGGAGAUAAACCAAGGAUUGAUUAGAGUGUUUUGGUUAGUGGUCUCUUUUUUUCUUCGGGUGGAAUAUUUCCAGAGGUGUUUAGUGUCCCUGUAUUAAAAAUCAAAUGUAUGUAAUACUUAAAAAGAUGACCUUUUUGAAUGAAACCUGUUUUAUCUAGAACCCAGUUAUUCAACUGCUUCUGGCCAUCCCUCUCUCUUUACAGAUUAGCAACCUAUAUUUUACAAUUGGCUUUUUCUAAAGUGUCUGAUCCAGUCCCUGGAUCUCCUCACCCUGUAUUUCUGUUGCAUUGGAUUCUAAAUACGUUGUCUCCUGUUUCCUUUGUGUCAGCUGCCUGUCUGGUAACGAGAGUGGGACACUAUUUCUUCAUACACAGGUUGAGAAAAAGUUGACUUUCUGGGUUUUCUCCAAGAUUGUGUAAGGUCCAGUGAUAUGUUGAGCUAUUUAUUACGAGGAUAUUUGUGGAGAAGACUGAGGAAGUGAUGAAAAGUGUGCCAAAGUUGAUACUUUCUCUAAAGUUAGAGGAAAUAGGGUGGUGUUUAUAGUGAAUAAUAGGACUGUCUCCUGUAUCUUGAUUUCUGUUUCUUUAUAUGCAGGUUCCUUCUGUAACUGGAAUCAGGUGGGGUUUUCAGCAGUUGGUUUUACUGGUGACUCAGUCCCAGAGUAAGUCUUUCUAGGCAAAUAAUUAGUGUAUAGGGAAAUGCCUGUUCUGAUCCAGUGGGUGAUUAUGGAUCCCGGUAAUUCCUCCAAGUGUGCUUGUAGGGAGACAGUCUUUUGGGGUUUUUUACUAUUCUUGUCUCUGCUUCCCUUGUGUUACUCACAGUCAGAGUAUGAUAGCUGAUUUGCACUGGCCUUAGAGGCAUUUAAGGCAUUUUGUCUGCAAGCAGAGACGCAGCAGGUGAGUACACAGCUUCCUAAUCUAAUUUUGAAAAUUCUGGGCAGAGUUUGAAGCAUGAGCACCUGUAACAGGGGUCUUUGGUUAUGCAAUGGUAUCAUCUUCAGGCCAUUACCAUUGAAAAAAAAAAAAAAGAAAAGGUUUCAGUGCAGAAUAAAAUACUCUGAUUAAACUUCAAAAACCUUUUUAAAUACAGUUUGAGCCAAAAUUAUUUAGAAAGGAGUAAAAAGAGGUUGCCACAUAUCACUAAAGUACAUAAUAUUUUCCUGUUGCAUGCAGUUAUUAUGAGGCUGCAGAAAAAGUUUUAUUGUAAGGCAUUCAUUUUUGGGGGUAGUAGGUUUGUAUAUGUUCUUUUGGUGUCAGGGUUCUGUUACUGCCAUGCUCUUGCUUCACCAGAGGCAAGGGUCAACCUGAAAUUCAAUGUUGUUGUGGCUUCCUGCUGGAAACAGUGAAAAUACUGCUUGCAUUUUGACAGCCUCCAUUGGGAGAGUGGACAGAGUAGAUGUUGAUAAGCUUGAAACUGUGCCAAGAGGACCAGCAGCUUCUGUUCUCCUCUAACUUUGUCCCUUCCCCUGUGUCAGGCCUAGAUACUGUAGCAGCUCAAAAGUUUUAGCUGUUUCUAGACAACAGCGGUCUCAGCAUUAACCUGUCUUGCAUAAUCUACAUGCUCUUUCACUAGUGCCCAAGUAUGAUUUGAGGGGAUUUAUUUUGUUACAUGGUUUUCUAAAGUUCCUUUUCCUUUCUGCCUGUUGUCAAAGAUGAGGGCAGGAGCUCCUUGUUCUUAGUUACAGGAAAAGCAAUAACCAGAGGUAGAGACUUCUCAACUGACAGUGUCUGUUAAAUUCACUGGUAUCUGGCAUCCUCCAGGACACCGCAGUUUCCACUUUUGAAGCUGUGGAUAAAAAUAUAUUUCUACUGUUUUCUCUCUGUUAUUACUUGAUGUAGUUAGCACAGCAUUUGUGGUUUUACCUGCUACUAAAACUACAACUGUGUUCCUAACUACAGCAUGGUAAAGAUUAAGCCAAGUCUAUCCCUAUUUCUGUAGCCAGACUUACAGUUCACAUAUAAGUAGCUCUCAAGAGCUGAUACGCUCAAGGCAAAUAGAAAUUGAAAGCAAGCUCUGAUCCACUGGAGCUUAGUGACAAACUGAAAAUGCAUUUCUUCCAAGUUUGUCAGUUCAGCUUAGUGUUGGUGACCCAGGCACAUAUCAGAGGAGAUGCCUCAGGGAAAAAAUAAUCACAGCCAGUGAUCUUCCAGGCAGCUUAAAGAAAGAAAUGCGAACAUUACAGUUUCGGCUCCUUGGAUGAUUUAUUCUUCUUCUCCACAGUAAGAUGAAUAAACCCUUCCUUGAAUUAAUCUGUUUGACGCUUCCUCCUUUUGUUUUUCAGAGAUAUUUCAACUUUAGAUCUGAAAUAGAGCUCAGUCUUCCAAGACUACAACUUUUAAUCCAUACUGCUCCUGUACUGUCAUUUAAAACUCUGACACUAAGAGUGAAAAAUGGAAGGGAUAAGAGGAAUACAGCCUAUAUUGUGAGAAUGAGUGCAGGCAUGCCAGGAACCUUUGUAACAAAUGUCCGUUUAGAAGAGGAGAAAGACAGUGAAUGAUGUUAAUCAGGGAACACCUAAUCCAUUUUAAAGCUUUACUUGUUUUUCUGUGAUGAGCAGGAAGACAGAUAAACACAGCGACUUGUGCUCACUUCCUGACCCUCGACCUGAAGUGGCUACAGAUUGACACAAGUGCUUCUUAAAGUAUAAGCUGAGUGAAAUACUUACUGGAAGUGGUGCCUAUUGACAAUUUCAGUGGAUGGAGAAGAGCUCAGUUAGCCUUCAUAUCUCAGUUUUAGUGUGUGGCAAUGGGUGAAGAACGCUCUUAAUGUCAUGCCAGUAUAAAAUUGUGGAAAAUGGGAACUGUGCCUUGUAAUAAAGCUUUUAACAGUGGCUUGCCAAAGGAAAAGAGAAAUCAAUUUGAAACUCCACAUCUGUGUAACUGGCUUGGAUGAGCUGUUUUGUAGUCAAAUAAAGAUUGCACGAUGGAAGUCACGUUUUCUCAAGAAAAGCUGCGUAUCUUGGAUCAGUACCGUUGAAGAUACCUUCUGAUUGCAACACCCAGAACAGGGUCCUGUAACGAAUUUGUCAAAAGAAACAUACAAUGGAUCUCAAGGAAAGCUGCCCAAGUGUUAGCAUUCCCAGCUCUGACGAGCACAGGGAGAAGAAGAAAAGAUUUACUGUUUACAAAGUGCUGGUCUCUGUUGGCAGAAAUGAGUGGUUUGUCUUAAGACGGUAUGCGGAGUUUGAUAAACUCUACAAUACGCUAAAGAAGCAAUUUCCCACAAUGAACUUGAAGAUUCCAGCUAAAAGAAUAUUUGGAGAUAAUUUUGAUCCUGAUUUUAUUAAACAGAGAAGAGCAGGACUGAAUGAAUUCAUUCAAAAUUUAGUUAGACAGCCAGAGCUAUGCAACCAUCCAGAUGUCAGAGCAUUUCUUCAAAUGGAUAACCCGAAACACCAGUCAGAUCCAUCUGAAGAUGAAGAUGAAAGGAGCAGUCGGAAGUUAAACUCUACCUCACAGAAUAUCAACUUGGGACCAUCUGGAAAUCCUCAUGCUAAACCAACAGACUUUGAUUUCCUGAAAGUUAUUGGGAAAGGCAGCUUUGGCAAGGUUCUUCUUGCAAAACGAAAACUGGAUGGGAAAUACUAUGCUGUCAAAGUGUUGCAGAAAAAAAUUGUUCUCAAUAGGAAAGAGCAAAAACAUAUUAUGGCUGAACGUAAUGUGCUCUUGAAAAAUGUGAAACAUCCAUUUUUGGUUGGAUUACAUUACUCAUUCCAAACAACAGAAAAGCUUUACUUUGUCCUGGAUUUUGUUAAUGGAGGAGAGCUGUUCUUUCACUUACAAAGAGAACGUUCCUUUCCUGAGCACAGAGCCAGAUUUUAUGCUGCUGAAAUAGCCAGUGCACUGGGCUACUUACACUCCAUAAAUAUAGUGUACAGGGAUUUAAAACCAGAAAACAUUCUCCUAGAUUCACUAGGUCAUGUUGUGUUGACAGACUUUGGACUUUGUAAAGAAGGGAUUGCAACUUCUGAUACCACUGCAACUUUCUGUGGGACCCCAGAAUAUCUUGCACCAGAAGUCAUUAAAAAGCAGCCCUAUGACAACACAGUAGACUGGUGGUGUCUUGGUGCAGUUCUUUAUGAAAUGCUUUAUGGGUUGCCUCCUUUUUACUGCCGCGAUGUUGCUGAGAUGUACGAUAAUAUUCUUCAUAAACCCCUGGUUUUGCGCCCAGGAAUCAGUCUCACAGCCUGGUCUAUCCUGGAAGAGCUUUUGGAAAAAGAUCGACAAAGCAGACUUGGAGCAAGGGAAGAUUUUCUUGAAAUUCAAAAGCACCCGUUUUUUGAAUCUCUCAGCUGGACUGAUCUUCUUCAGAAGAAGAUUCCGCCACCAUUUAAUCCUAAUGUGGUUGGACCAGACGAUAUUGGGAAUUUUGAUGCAGUGUUCACAGAAGAAAUGGUCCCAUACUCAGUUUGUGUUUCUUCUGAUUACAACAUCAUUAAUGCCAGUGUUCUAGAGGCAGAUGAUGCAUUUGUUGGAUUUUCUUACGCACCACCUUCUGAAGAUAUGUUUUCCUAGGAAGUUAAAAGCGAAGAAUGUUUUGGAAGUCUUGGAGUGAACUGAAAUGUUAGGGUUAUGGACACAUUCCAAAAUAGCAUAACUAGUGCCUCGUUUUGUAUGUAGGUUUGAAACCUAUGAACAAACUUUCUCUGCUGUAUAGGAGGAAUUUGGGCAUUUUGGAUGGCUUUCUUUGGGAUUUGAACUGUUUGUUCCUGCUGCAGAAAAUAUUUUUUAAAACCUUUAAAAAGCAUUCUCUACAUAUUUUUUAAGCAAAAACACUGACUGUUCUCCUCAAUCCCUUCAAGUUUACAUUCAUACCUAUCUAAUUUGCCUGGCACAAACAGCAGCAAAUUUAGUAAAUUUAUAAAUGCUUUUGUACUUAUUUACAGUGACUUUGUGCUUGAAUUGUAACUAUGCAAAUUGUCUUUUGUAUAUCCUGGUUUAAAAAAGGUAAAUGUUUUCCCUGUUAACAGUUGGAAAUGUGUUAAUUUACCUGUCAGCACUUAAAUGAGGGGUUAAUAUAAGUUAAGGACCAAGAUUCUUAAAGGACUUCUCCAGAAUGAAAACUUGGUUAUGUAAAACUGGAUUCUUGCUCUUGCUCUUGCUGAAGUACCCGUUGGCUCAACUGGAUUAUCUGAGGUAUGGGGGAUUAACUCAAAGCAAGGAUGGAACAAAUUAACUGGAUUGAUUGAUAACAUUACUUAUUAUGUGUUCUACUUUUCUUCCUGAGCUAAAUAUGUCUAUAUUUCAACUACAUUAAAAAUAUUUUUGGUUAAAAUUCUGCUUCUCCAAAGAUAUAAAAAUAUGCAAUAAUCACCAUUACUUUAAAAGGCUAUCUUGCUUUGAUGUUUUGGGUGUGGGUGGUGAGGGGAUCAUGCCAAAUAUUAGGGAUUUUUCUCAUCGAUUUGUAGUUUAAAACACUAAUGUGUUCCAAAUUGAUUGUAUUUCAGCAUUCAUAGCUACUUGUCUUUCUGUUCCAGUUUGCACCAUUUUUAAAUCUUCACUUGAUAUUGGGGGGGGGAAAUGUAAAUUACACUGAUAAUUUUAAAAAUGUGAAAAGCUGUUGUAUUUCUCAUAACAUACACAUGUAUGGACAAACAGAUAAUACUGAACAAUUUCUGUUUAAGGAAAUUUUUUUAAACAAUGCAAAAAUUGACUGCAGUUACAGUGUAUAAAGGCCUAUCAUGGUAGUUUAUUAUAUAUAUUACUUGUAAAUAACAACUUAUUUUUGUCUGUUA